AUGGCGACAGGCAUCGGGGAAAGAUCAACCACCUCAACGCCCGCGUCGUCUAACCGCCUUCCAAUCUCAUCGGCAGGCGCAAAGGCUGCCUUCUUUGAAGGCCUACGCCGCAUGGCUGACUCCUGCAACUCGCGCAGCCGACGCAGCUCUUCCAUGACCUCACAAAGCAUUUUGAACACGUCUGGCGAGGCGCGAUCCUCGGCGGGACGCCUAUCCGCAGCGAGUGCAUCACGGGUGGGAUACGCGAGCUCCACGGCCGCUGGGGCUUGGGCCGUUGCUUCUGUCGUCGUCGUCGUCGCCCCGGCAGGUGGCGCAGCCGCAGCGGCCUCCACUACCUCUUCUGUCGAGAUAAUCCCCAUCGACUUCACCGGCGGCAAAAGCGGAGGCGGAAGAUGUUGCGUGACACCCUGUGCCCCCGCCAACGCUUCCGCCCCGCCGCCUUCCUUGGCUGCUGGCGGAUUCUCUUCCUCGCUGAACAGCCGCGAGGCGGGCCACGAGGCCGGGACGUGGUCGACGACGAGGGUGUCGUGGUACUCCACCGUCAGCGUGAUGGUCAGCGGCAGCUUGCCGUACGGGGACGAGGACUCCAGCAUCAGCAUCCGCGGGUCGCGGCAGGAGAAGGGGCCGUGCAGCGUGGGAAGGUUCUCCACAUGA